AUGGACGACAGAUGGGUGUACGACGGAACUAACGUCGCCGACGUUUCGCGAACGAAGCUUUUCACCACGGAUGUUGCAUCGUUCAUUCGUCGCACAUCGGUUCUCCUGCUCUUGGUUUCUUGCAGCGCAACCACAUGGUAUUUAAUCAAGCUUACUGCCUGGAGUCCCUACACUGCCUUGCCAGCGGCAGCACUGCGUCUUCACUAUCGUGGCUACAGCCACUCUGGAUCAAAAGGAGCCGAGGUGGCCUACUCCUAG